AUGACUGUCGUCACUACCGCCUAUCAACAUCAACAUCGACGUCCACGGAUCGCUGUGACACUGGGUGACCCAGCAGGUGUCGGUCCAGAACUUAUUGCUAAACUACUGAGUAAUACACAAAAUCUCAAGAAAGCCGACAUCUACCUCCUUGCAGAUCGAUCAGAAUUGCAAUCCGCUAUUGCUGAUGCCGGCAACAUUCAUGUCCCUGUGUCAGAUAUUGCCGGACCACAAGGCAUCAGAAUAUUGGACGACGACAGCGCAUCACAGUUUCCCACCACCCGUGCUGAGGUCUCGAAGGCGGGCGGAGCACGAUGUAUCCAUCAGCUAAAACGAGCUCUAUACAUGGCACUGGCAGGCGAAAUUGAUGCUAUCGUGUUCGCUCCGCUCAACAAGAGCUCUCUCAAAAAGGCCGGUAUGACCGAGGAGGACGAGCUCCGAUGGUUUGCCAACCAACUCGACUUCAAUGGUACCACAAGUGAGAUCAACGUUGCUGGACCACUGUGGACUGCACGGGUAACGAGUCAUAUUGGGCUCGAGGAAGUGGCGGUGCGAAUCACAAAAGUAAUGACACUCAAGGCUAUUGAACUUCUUCAACGGCUGAGAUGGGAGUCUGGUAUUGAGCACCCGCGCCUCGCAGUCUGCGCGUUGAAUCCUCAUAAUGGCGAAAAUGGUAGCUUUGGACGACAAGAAAUUGACCACAUUCGCCCUGCGGUUCUAGCUGCUCGAGAAAAGGGCAUCGAUGUCGACGGUCCCUUUCCCUGCGAUACUAUAUUCCUUAAGCGCGAGAAAUAUGAUGGAAUUGUAACCAUGUAUCACGAUCAAGGGCAGAUCGCCCUGAAGCUGCUGUCCUUUGAGGGAGGUGUGACGGUGCAGGGCGGUCUCCCUAUUCCGAUUACGACGCCAGCACAUGGGACUGCAUUCGACAUUGCUGGAAAGAACAUGGCAAGCGCCGUAAGCACGCAAAACGCUUUCGAUAUCGCCGUCACAAUGGCGGAGAGGAGAAUAUCCAAGCAAAAAAGGUACGGAGGCUGCUGA